AUGCCCGAUGGAUUUGAAAUUCGCAUCUGUAACGCGCUUACGAUUUUACGUUCGAUUGCUGGGUAUAAUGAGAUUGCCAUUAAUCUUGCAAGCUCCCAUUUGCUUUAUUUUAUGUGUCCUUUAAUCGAGACCAAUAAUCCGCGUUUCUCCAACAUUCGAAAGGUGGGAAUCGCUGUGUUUGUAGAAGUUACAAGUGGUAAUAAAGACCCUUUUAUUUACCAAACAUUUGUUGAUGAUGGUAUUCUCAAUGUGUGCUUAAACGUUAUUGAGCGGGUUGAUUUGAAAGAAAAAGGCGGAAUUAUGCUGAUGCUCAAUAACAUUCUUUGCUUUGAUAUGUCGUUCUGCGAGAAACUGAAUAACGUGCUUUUGGAUAAAAUAUACAAUGCACUUGUGAUUUAUGAAAACGAGAUUAAGAAGUCCCCUCAGGAAACAGCCAAGCUCAAGGAUUGCAUUGAAAACAUACGUCGUUGUAUUCACGCGAAUGAAUAUAAUGGGUAUGCUGCAUAA